AUGUCAAUAGUCGACAGGAAGAAGAGGAAGAAGAGGAAGAAGAGGAAGAAGAGGAAGAAGAGGAAGAAGAGGAAGAAGAGGAAGAAGAGGAAGAAGAGGAAGAAGAGGAAGAAGAGGAAGAAGAGGAAGAAGAGGAAGAAGAGGAAGAAGAGGAAGAAGAGGAAGAAGAGGAAGAAGAGGAAGAAGAGGAAGAAGAGGAAGAAGAGGAAGAAGAGGAAGAAGAGGAAGAAGAGGAAGAAGAGGAAGAAGAGGAAGAAGAGGAAGAAGAGGAAGAAGAGGAAGAAGAGGAAGAAGAGGAAGAAGAGGAAGAAGAGGAAGAAGAGGAAGAAGAGGAAGAAGAGGAAGAAGAGGAAGAAGAGGAAGAAGAGGAAGAAGAGGAAGAAGAGGAAGAAGAGGAAGAAGAGGAAGAAGAGGAAGAAGAGGAAGAAGAGGAAGAAGAGGAAGAAGAGGAAGAAGAGGAAGAAGAGGAAGAAGAGGAAGAAGAGGAAGAAGAGGAAGAAGAGGAAGAAGAGGAAGAAGAAGGCUGAGCGCACGGUCAAUGAUACCUUGGCUUUCAUCUCCAGGAACCUCGUCUCCCGCCAUGCUGUCGAGUCGAUGACCAAGGACACCCUCGAGAGCAGGCCGACGGACGCCGAACUCCGCCGCCUAUGCCAGGACACCAUCCUCACGAUGAAGGAGUUCACAUCGGGCCACCAAGUUGUCUCCUGCGCCGUGCCAGGGGCUGUUCGGGCUCUAGCAUUGGCCUUCGACAAGCUUCAGCAAGCAGACACGAGCAGGCUUUCGGUUAUCAUGAAUGGGGGUAUCAAGAUCGGUCGGGAGUGGGAUGAGGACGCAUUCCAGGAGAAUGGUCGGAUGAGAUUCUUCAAGGAUAUCAUACAUGAGGAGGUCCCCGGAACGCUUCUCUGGGAGGUUGAGGUCAUCUCUGUCCCCGACGGCUCCGGCGGCUGCCGCAAGGAGCUGAAGCACGACACCACCCACGUCUGGGUCCCCUUUAAGCCUGGCGCUGGCGAGGAGGGGUCUCACCUGGGCGACUUCUAUGCCGCGUUGUUCCAGGAGUACCUGAGCGUCGCGAACAAGGUGCCUGGCAAGACCUCGGCCAAGUACUUCGAACGCACCCCGUCCACCAACGAGCUAACCGUCUGGGACACCACUGGCAACCACGUCAGCAGCUUCGCCAUGGCAAUGAUGCACGUCCUGGCCGUCCGCAUUGCCAGGGUCAACCCUUCCGACGACGAGAGAACCAGCCUCCGGAAGAUGCUGCAGGACGAGAUCGUGGCGCGCUACUGGAUUGCGGAGUGCAGGGCUGAGGACAAAAGCGACCAGAAGUCCACGUUCUUCUCGAUGGGACUGCUGUUCUGGGCCAUCACCCACCCUACGGAGCUGGAGGCCAAGAUCAAGGGAUAA